AUGGGACUAGGCAAGACAGUCCAGGUGAUUGCACUGCUCUGCUAUCUCGUGGAGGUGAAGAAGAUUCCGGGACCCUUUCUCAUUGUGGCGCCAGCAUCUGUUCUUCCCAACUGGGUGGCCGAGUUUGCCCAAUGGGCGCCUUCCCUCCGUGUUUCCAGAUAUUCUGGCAUGCCUGACAAACGGGCUGCUAUAUUCAGUCGUGAGAUCAACCCAUGGACACGGUGCCCUCGUAACACAGGGAGUGAUAGUGGAGAGGUGCAGAGUAAGUGGCUGGAGGAGCGAGGAGUGGCAAACGUGGUGGUGACCACGUAUGAGAUGCUCAUGGGCAAGUUUGACCGCCCACGGUUGAUCCGCCUGUCGUCGGAGUAUGUGGUGCUGGACGAGGGGCACAGGAUCAAGAGCGCGGAGUGCAAGCUCAACGCUCACCUAAAAUCGUACAAGUCGAAUCACCGCAUUCUUCUCAGCGGCACGCCUAUCCAGAAUAACCUGGAGGAGCUCUGGUCGCUGCUCAACUUCCUCCUGCCCUCCGUUUUCAACUGCGCCUCAGACUUCGCCUCCUGGUUUUCCCAGCCUCUGUCACACGUUCUGCCCAAGAAGGCAGGCUCAAGCGCUGCAGGCAGCAGUGCUGCAGACUCAGAGCAGGAGGAUGUGUUGGGCGAGGAGGAGAGGCUGCUGCUGAUCAACCGCCUGCAUCAGGUCCUUCGGCCAUUUGUCUUGCGGCGACUCAAGCACAAGGUGGCAUCAGAGCUGCCAAAGCGCUUGGAGCGCCGUAUCCCAUGUGCGGCGUCUGCGUACCAACAGUGGCUGAUUCAGCAGGUUCUGCAGCAUCAAGACCUCUCUGCAGGCACCACCAACGCUCCGGUGGAGGAGAAUCUUCCAAGCGGGCCCCUCUCACCGCUGCUCAGCACGUGUGGGAAGCUGGAGACUCUGCACCGCAUCCUGCACAAGCUACACGCAGCUAAGCACAAGGUGCUGCUGUUCUGCACCAUGACCCGGCUGCUUGACAUUGUGGAAGAGUACAUUGAGGGGCAGCAGAAGGCGCAUGCAGAAGUGCCGGAGAAGAACGAGCAGAAGAGGAAGCUUCUGUUGGAGCAGGAGAAGCAGCAGCAGCUGGUGAAGUCGAAACAGCAGAAAGGCAAGGCGGAGGAGGGAAAGGGUUCCAGUGGCCACCGACGGGUGACCAGACGGCAGCAGCAAGCAGAAGCGGAACAGUUAAUUAGCCAGACAACUGAAGUGCAUGCUUCUUGCAGCGCCGCCACACCGUCAACCUGUGGGAGUAACCCUUGGAACUACUUCAGGCUGGAUGGAAGCACUGGCGGCAGUGACAGGGAGGAGCUGGUUCGCGAGUUCAACAACCCGGAUUCUGAUGUCUUUAUCUUCCUCCUCAGGUGCGUCAUUGCCUCUCACAUCCGUUGCCUUGGCUUUUUGUAUGGUCCCUCCCAGAGCUGCGAUUAA